CAGCAUUCGUCAGCGUGGUGAAGCGUGGUUCAGCUUGGCUCUCCAGCAGGCGGUGAUCUGAUUUUGCUCUUCUUCAUCUUCACCAAAUACGGUCAGCGCGCGCCUCUGAGUGUGCGAGGUGCGCGAGCCGCGGCUGUCAGUGGCGCUGCCUGGGCGCGUGUAUCAGAGAUGGGCUCUUAGCUCGUCUCGUCUGAAAAGCCAUGCCAUCAGAUCUUGCUAAGAAGAAGGCUGCAAAGAAGAAGGAGGCUGCCAAAGCUCGACAGCGUUCGAAAAAGCAUGAUGAGGUGACCGGAGAUGGAGAGCUUCCGGAUGGCCAAGAGAAUUGUGCAGUAACUGAUGGGGAGGCAAAUGGAGCAGCAGGACCUUAAUCAGCUCCAGUGACUGAGGAGGAAAGUGAGGAUCAGGAGAGAGAUGAGAAAGUGUAGAGCCUGCGAUGUCAGCGCUCUGGCUAAGGACCUGGAUGAGUUUGAGAUGCGUAAGAUGGAGGCACGGGCAGUGACGGGCGUCUUGGCCUCCCACCCCAACAGCACUGACGUUCACAUCAGCAGUCUGUCGCUCACCUUUCAUGGCCAAGAGUUACUGAGCGACACAAGCCUGGAGCUCAACUCCAGCCGGCGCUACGGUCUCAUUGGCCUCAAUGGUACAGGCAAGUCCAUGCUCCUGUCUGCUAUUGGCCACCGAGAAGUUCCCAUCCCAGAACACAUAGACAUCUACCACUUGACGCGUGAGAUGGCCCCUAGUGAGAAGACAGCACUGCAGUGUGUUAUGGAGGUUGAUGAAGAGAGGAUAAAGCUAGAGAAGGAGGCUGAGCGAUUGGCUCAUGAGGACUCAGAGUGUGAGAAGCUGAUGGAGAUCUUUGAGCGUUUAGAGGAGUUGGACGCAAACAAAGCUGAAGUUCGAGCCUCACGAAUCCUCUUUGGACUGGGUUUUACCCCUGCUAUGCAGCGAAAAAAACUGAAAGAUUUCAGUGGAGGCUGGAGGAUGCGUGUGUCCCUUGCCAGAGCCCUGUUCAUAAAGCCCUUCAUGCUGUUGUUAGAUGAACCCACUAACCACCUGGAUCUGGAUGCCUGUGUGUGGCUGGAAGAAGAACUUAAGUCUUUUAAGCGCAUCCUUGUGCUCAUCUCACACUCUCAAGACUUUCUCAAUGGCGUUUGCACGAACAUCAUUCAUCUCCACCAAAGGAAGCUUAAGUACUACACUGGUAACUAUGACCAGUAUGUGAAGACCAGGGAGGAACUGGAAGAAAACCAGAUGAAGCGGUACAACUGGGAGCAGGACCAGAUAGCUCACAUGAAGAACUAUAUUGCCCGCUUUGGUCACGGCUCUGCAAAGCUAGCUCGCCAGGCUCAAAGCAAAGAAAAAACACUGCAGAAAAUGGUGGCUUCUGGCCUAACAACUCGUGUCGUAAAUGAUAAGACCUUGUCGUUUUAUUUUCCCCCUUGUGGGACGAUCCCGCCUCCGGUCAUCAUGGUGCAGAAUGUCAGCUUCAGAUACUCCAGUGACACACAUUUUAUUUAUAAGAACUUGGAGUUUGGCAUUGACCUGGACACACGAGUUGCACUUGUGGGUCCCAAUGGGGCAGGGAAGUCCACACUUCUCAAGCUACUAAUGGGAGAGCUUCUCCCCACAGAUGGUAUGAUAAGAAAGCAUUCACAUGUCAAGAUUGGCAGGUAUCACCAGCAUCUGACUGAGCAGCUAGAGCUUGACCUGUCUCCUCUGGAGUACAUGAUGAAGUGCUUCCCUGAAAUCAAAGAGAAAGAGGAGAUGAGGAAGAUCAUUGGACGUUACGGCCUGACAGGGAAGCAGCAGGUCAGUCCCAUCAGGAACUUGUCGGAUGGCCAAAAGUGUCGGGUGUGUUUUUCCUGGCUCGCAUGGCAGAAUCCCCAUAUGCUUUUUCUGGAUGAGCCAACUAAUCACUUGGACAUUGAGACAAUUGAUGCUCUGGCUGAGGCCAUCAGGGAGUUUGAGGGAGGAAUGAUGCUAGUUAGCCAUGACUUCAGACUUAUUCAGCAGGUGGCUAAGGAAAUUUGGGUUUGUGAGAUGCAGACCAUCACCAAAUGGAAUGGGGACAUUCUGGCUUACAAAGAGCACUUGAAGUCAAAGGUUCACAAACAGACUCAUGAUGUAUAAAAAUCCAUGAGCUGAACAAACAAGCUUUUCCAUCACGGAUUGAUUACCCUUCUCAAUUUCCCAGAUGUGCAUGACUGAUGGAAUUUUAAAUCGGACAGUGAACCCAGUUUCUCAGCUGUUGUGGAUUGCAUUCCAUUUUACUGUCAUCUAGGAUUGUUGGCAACUUAAAAUCAAUCAUUAAGCGUUCCCUGGUCUUAUAUCUACAUCAAAACAUAACCUACGGUGCUCAAACCAAAAAUAAUGACAGUAGACAUAAAAUACCAAAACUGAGGAUUGUGAAUAAUGCCUGCAUAUGAAGGCACGUACACUUGGAACAACAAAGGGUUGUAAGACUUCUGUAAGACCUUCCUUUAAAGCAAGCUGAGCUGCUGUGGCAUUAUUUAGGCAAAAAAAACUAAACACAUCAGGCAAAACUGUGCUGUUGCUUAGUUUACACGUACAAUCAAGCCUGUUCAGCUAGCUUUACUUGUACCUGUGAAGAUAAUUCUACUGUAGCUUAGCAAUACAACAGCAAGCAAUGAUUAAGCUAUAUGGUUUCUAAAUAUUUUAAGUAGUUUCUCAAAGAAGACUGUGCAAAUAUGUCCAUGUUGAGCAAAAAGGUAAUUGCAUCAGUUCUAAUGAACAGCAGCACCCUUGCUCAUAAAAUAGCAAGUCAUGCAGGUUUCAGUUGUUAGGAAAUGUUCCUGCCCACACUGUGUGUGAGUGUGUAUUUCUAACUUGGCUACACAUUGAGGACAAAUUUUAUAAAGAUUUUCUUUGUUAAACUCAACAAGAUGAUCUGUCUCUGUCUUUCUGUUUCCCGCUGUAUUCAUUUCUUAGUUCAUACUGUAAGAGGAGUGUGUGGUGUUUGAUUGUGAGGGUGAUGUGCGUUAUCCUCCACAUACACCCUAAUGUUAAUACACUCUACAAUGGCUUUGUCAAAGCUUUUAAACACAUUGGGAUUAAAUGAGAUUAAACUGUAUGGACCACGUA